CGCCGCAUUGUUUGCUUCGCUGGGGAGCGAGCGAGCGACCCGGCCCUGGCGUCCGAGCCAGCCCCGCGUCCCGCGCCCGCCGCCCGCCGCCCGCCGCCCGCGCCCGCGCCCGCCGGCCGGGCCCCCCGAGCCGGGCCUCCAGCCGGGCCCCGAGCCCGAGCCCGCGCCGCGCGAGCCGCUGCCCGAGAGUCCGCGGCCGCCGCUGCCGGGCCCGGAGCCGCCGCGGCCGAGAAGAGCCCGCGCCCAGGAGCGGCGGCGGGGCCCGGCCUGCGCGGCCGUUGGCGGAGGAGCCGCGGGCGCCAUUAGCGCCGCCUCGGCCGCGCCGGCCCCCGCGCCCGCCCGCUUGCCGGGCUCCCGCGGCCGCGGCGCCCCGAAGGUAAUCAUUACCAAAUGAGGAGGAAAGGACGAUGUCAUCGAGGCUCUGCAGCGAGGCAUCCUUCUUCCCCAUGCAGUGUUAAACACUCCCCCACGCGAGAAACGCUGACCUACGCUCAAGCUCAAAGGAUGGUAGAGAUAGAAAUUGAAGGGCGCUUGCACAGGAUCAGUAUUUUUGAUCCCCUGGAGAUCAUAUUGGAAGAUGACCUCACUGCUCAAGAGAUGAGUGAGUGCAACAGCAAUAAGGAAAACAGCGAGCGGCCCCCUGUCUGCUUAAGAACUAAGCGUCACAAAAACAACAGAGUCAAAAAGAAAAAUGAGGCCCUCCCCAGCGCCCACGGCACGCCGGCCUCGGCCAGUGCCCUCCCGGAGCCCAAGGUGCGCAUCGUGGAGUACAGCCCUCCGUCCGCCCCCAGGAGGCCUCCGGUGUACUACAAGUUCAUCGAGAAGUCGGCUGAGGAACUGGACAACGAGGUGGAGUAUGACAUGGACGAGGAGGACUAUGCCUGGCUGGAGAUCGUCAAUGAGAAGCGCAAGGGCGACUGCGUCCCCGCCGUGUCGCAGAGCAUGUUUGAGUUCCUGAUGGACCGCUUCGAGAAGGAGUCGCACUGCGAGAACCAGAAGCAGGGCGAGCAGCAGUCUCUGAUCGAUGAGGACGCCGUGUGCUGCAUCUGCAUGGACGGGGAGUGCCAGAACAGCAACGUGAUCCUCUUCUGUGACAUGUGCAACCUGGCCGUGCACCAGGAGUGCUACGGGGUGCCCUACAUCCCCGAGGGCCAGUGGCUCUGCCGCCACUGCCUGCAGUCCCGGGCCCGGCCCGCCGACUGUGUGCUGUGCCCCAACAAGGGUGGUGCCUUCAAAAAGACAGAUGACGACCGCUGGGGUCACGUGGUGUGUGCCCUGUGGAUCCCAGAGGUCGGCUUUGCCAACACGGUGUUCAUCGAGCCCAUUGAUGGGGUGAGGAACAUCCCUCCAGCCCGGUGGAAACUGACAUGCUACCUCUGUAAGCAGAAGGGCGUGGGUGCCUGCAUCCAGUGCCACAAAGCAAACUGCUACACAGCAUUCCAUGUGACGUGUGCCCAGAAGGCUGGCCUGUACAUGAAAAUGGAGCCCGUGAAGGAACUGACUGGCAGUGGCACCACCUUCUCCGUCAGAAAGACCGCUUACUGUGAUGUCCACACGCCUCCAGGCUGCACCCGGAGGCCUCUGAAUAUUUACGGGGAUGUCGAAAUGAAAAAUGGCGUCUGUCGAAAAGAGAGCUCGGUUAAAACGGUCAGGUCCACAUCCAAGGUCAGGAAGAAGGCAAAAAAGGCUAAGAAAGCUCUGGCGGAGCCCUGCGCGGUCCUGCCGACCGUGUGCGCUCCUUAUAUUCCCCCGCAGAGACGGAGUCUCAUUCUGUCGCCCAGGCUGGAGUGCAGUGGCAUGAUCUCAGCUCACUACAACUUCCGCCUCCCGUGUUCAAGCGAUUCUCCUGCCUCAAGCCUCCCAAGUAGCUGGGAUUACAGGUUAAAUAGGAUUGCGAAUCAGGUGGCCAUUCAGCGGAAGAAGCAGUUUGUGGAGCGAGCCCACAGCUACUGGCUGCUCAAGCGGCUGUCCAGGAAUGGUGCCCCCCUGCUGCGGCGGCUGCAGUCCAGCCUGCAGUCUCAGCGAAGCUCACAGCAGAGAGAAAACGAUGAGGAGAUGAAGGCUGCCAAAGAGAAGCUGAAGUACUGGCAGCGGCUGCGGCACGACCUGGAGCGCGCUCGCCUGCUGAUCGAGCUGCUACGCAAGCGGGAGAAGCUCAAGCGUGAGCAGGUGAAGGUGGAGCAGGUCGCCAUGGAGCUGCGGCUGACCCCGCUGACGGUGCUGCUGCGCUCAGUGCUGGACCAGCUGCAGGACAAGGACCCCGCCAGGAUAUUUGCGCAGCCCGUGAGUCUGAAGGAGGUACCAGAUUAUUUGGAUCACAUUAAACAUCCCAUGGACUUUGCCACGAUGAGGAAACGGUUAGAAGCUCAAGGGUAUAAAAACCUCCAUGAGUUUGAGGAGGAUUUUGAUCUCAUUAUAGAUAACUGCAUGAAGUACAAUGCCAGGGACACCGUGUUCUAUAGAGCCGCGGUGAGGCUGCGCGAUCAGGGAGGUGUUGUUCUGAGGCAGGCCCGGCGCGAGGUGGACAGCAUCGGCUUGGAAGAGGCCUCAGGGAUGCACCUGCCUGAGCGGCCUGCUGCGGCGCCGCGGCGGCCUUUCUCCUGGGAAGACGUGGACAGGUUGCUGGAUCCCGCCAACAGAGCCCACCUGGGCCUGGAGGAGCAGCUGAGAGAGCUGCUGGACAUGCUCGACCUCACCUGCGCUAUGAAGUCCAGCGGCUCCCGGAGCAAGCGGGCAAAGCUGCUCAAAAAGGAAAUUGCCCUCCUCCGAAACAAGCUGAGCCAGCAGCACAGCCAGCCCCUGCCCGCGGGGCCAGGCUCGGAAGGCUUCGAAGAGGACGGAGCUGCGCUGGGGCUGGAGGCGGGCGAGGAAGGAGAUAAAUCUCCCCCUAAACUUGAACCAUCAGAUGCAUUACCUCUUCCUUCAAACUCGGAGACUAAUUCAGAACCACCAACCCUCAAACCAGUAGAACUCAACCCAGAGCAGAGUAAACUUUUCAAAAGAGUCACAUUUGAUAAUGAAUCACAUAGCGCUUGCACUCAGAGCGCACUGGUAAGCGGACGCCCUCCAGAGCCCACCCGCGCCAGUAGUGGCGAUGUGCCGGCGGCGGCGGCCUCCGCGGUGGCGGAGCCAGCAAGCGAUGUAAACAGACGCACUUCUGUUCUCUUCUGCAAAUCGAAAAGUGUAAGCCCCCCAAAGUCUGCCAAGAACACUGAAACCCAGCCAACUUCUCCUCAGCUAGGGACCAAAACCUUUUUGUCUGUAGUCCUUCCGAGGUUGGAGACUCUUCUGCAGCCAAGGAAAAGGUCGCGGAGCACAUGCGGAGACUCCGAGGUGGAGGAGGAGUCCCCAGGAAAGCGCCUAGAUGCAGGUCUCACCAACGGCUUUGGGGGUGCGAGGAGCGAGCAGGAGCCGGGCGGCGGCCUGGGGAGGAAAGCCACACCCCGACGACGCUGCGCCUCCGAGUCCAGCAUCUCCUCCAGCAACAGCCCGCUCUGCGACUCGAGCUUUAGUGCGCCCAAAUGUGGGCGGGGCAAACCGGCUCUUGUGCGAAGGCACACGCUGGAGGACCGCAGUGAGCUGAUCUCCUGCAUCGAGAAUGGGAACUACGCCAAGGCGGCCAGGAUCGCAGCCGAAGUCGGCCAGAACAGCAUGUGGAUCUCCACUGAUGCCGCCGCCUCGGUGCUGGAGCCCCUGAAGGUGGUGUGGGCCAAGUGCAGCGGCUACCCCUCCUACCCGGCACUGAUCAUCGACCCCAAGAUGCCGCGUGUGCCUGGCCACCACAACGGUGUCACCAUCCCGGCCCCACCCCUGGACGUGCUGAAGAUUGGAGAGCACAUGCAGACCAAGUCCGAUGAGAAGCUCUUCCUCGUUCUCUUUUUUGAUAAUAAGAGAAGUUGGCAGUGGCUUCCUAAGUCCAAAAUGGUUCCCCUUGGUAUUGAUGAAACUAUAGACAAGUUAAAGAUGAUGGAAGGGAGGAAUUCCAGCAUCCGGAAGGCCGUGCGGAUUGCUUUUGACCGCGCCAUGAACCACCUGAGCCGCGUCCACGGGGAGCCGACCAGCGACCUCAGUGACAUUGACUGACGGCCCGGCCGCCAGCGCGGGUCUUGUCCAUAGUGUUGAUAAGCUGUACAUGUUUGUAUAUUGUUCAAAACUUAACUUAUUCUGAUUUUUAGUUGUAGCUCUUUAAUUCUUUUUCCCCGGGGAGGGGGGAGGUUUUAUUUCCCAGUUUUCUAGGAACCCAUCUCCGUCUGGGCGCUGUGAGUGGGGUGGGCGCGUCCGGGCAGUGCAGUGCGUCCGUCGCACGUCCCCGGGCCGUGCUGCUGGCGUCACUUUCUUUGAUAUGUAGCUUUUUCUUAAAGACUUUUGAAUGUUUAAUAAUUUUGUAAAUCAUGCUCUUUACACAGAGUACCACUUAUUUAAUAAGACGGGAUGUAAAUUUACAAUGACAAAUGUGUAUUUUAAGAAAGAAAAUGACAUUAUUUUGAAUGGUACUUUGUGGAAAGAGGGGAGAAUAAAGUUAUGCUGUGUACAUCACUUGCAGAUCACCAAAAACACUCCGCUGCCCGUGACCGCCGGCGGGUGUGUCCCCACUCCCGUCGUCCUGCCCACCUCAAACCCCGCAGGUGUGCCUCCCAGCGGAUUAUUUAUUGUAGAAAGUGUAUUCAUUUGCUUUAUAAUGAAAAAUACAUUUGCAAAAGUAUAUUGAUAUGCAUUUUUAUACAGGCACAUAAAAAUUCAACUUGGCUUGGGAGCAGAAUGCAUUGCAUUGUAUAAAUGACUCUGGCCUGUGUGUACUUUGAUUUUAUAACUUGUAAUCUUUUGUUUACAAUGAGGGGCUUUCUGUAACUUGUUUUAAUUUAGAACACUUUGGUAGCAAUAGAAACUUUGGAUACAUUUUUGUAUGGUACAUGUGAUGUAUAUAGAAUUAGUACUUUAUUUUUAUUUUUAAGAGGUAAAGCAUUAUGUUGGGGAAAGUAGGGUGGGUUUCCAAAUUUGCAUUUUUUAUAUUAAAAAUAAAGUCAAGAUUUGAA